UUUAAGGUGUCUUCCUUUAAGGUGUCUUUUCCAACAUCGCAACAACAGACGUGAAGGAGAGAGAAGAAAAAAGGCGAUUAUUUCCGCUGAGAAGGCUUUUAAAAGACGGAGAUUUGACGCGGAGGAGAAGAAUGUGUUUCUGUGCGUGGACUUUAAUUACUUUAUAACACAAGACAUUGGAAGAGUUUCUAACACAAGACAUUGAAAAAGUGUGUAAAAAGAGGCGAUGGAGCGGAAGAUCCUGUGCUUGUUUGACGUGGACGGUACUCUGACAGCACCCAGAUCGGUGAGCUGCUUUAUUCCAAUAGUUACGAAAAUAGACCCGCAGCUGGACCAGUUCUUCCAAACUCUGCGACGCAAAGUCAAGAUCGGCAUCGUUGGAGGCUCCGACUACUCCAAGAUAGCAGAGCAGCUCGGGGAAGGAGACGAAGUCUUACACAAGUUUGACUAUGUGUUUGCUGAGAACGGCACAGUGCAGUACAAAGAUGGGAAGCUCCUCUCCAAACAUGCUAUCCAGGAACAUAUUGGAGAGGAGCUGCUGCAGGACCUGAUCAACUUCUGCCUGAACUACAUGGGGCUCAUCAAGCUGCCAAAGAAAAGGGGAACAUUCAUUGAGCUGAGGAAUGGAAUGCUCAAUAUUUGCCCCAUCGGUCGGAGCUGCACCACGGAGGAGCGAAUGGAAUUCUCCGAAAUUGAUAAGAGAGAAAAAAUCAGGGAGAAAUUUGUGGCGGCCCUGAAAGAGGAAUUUGCUGGCAAGGGACUGAAGUUCACCAGAGGCGGACUCAUCAGCUUCGACGUGUUUCCAGAAGGCUGGGACAAGAGGCUGUGUCUGGACCUGCUGGAGAGAGAAGGUCUGGAACGCAUCUACUUCUAUGGCAACGAGACGUCAGAUGGAGGAAACGAUUACGAAAUCUACAACGACCCUCGGACCAUCGGCGUGGCAGUUUGCUCUCCGGAAGACACGGCCAGGCAAUGUCGAUGUUUCCUCAGCGACUCGUCACACCAGUCCUGACGUUACGUUCUCGGAAAACUCCGAGUGCUUGUUACGUCUGCUGAAAGGUUUGUUCGUGCAUGAAAUGCUCAAACGUAGGCAAUACUCUUCGCAGUCCUAGAAUGACAUCAUUUGUUGGUACGGAAGUAGGGCAAAAAACUGUAUCACCAUCUACGUGUUUUGUAUCCGUCCCUUUUUGAUCAACUAUGGAAAAUAAGGUGUUAAAUGUAAACGUUUUAAUUGUAAAUGUAACUUCCUAUGAUUAUAAUCCCUCAACUAUCAAGGCAGAAAGGAAAUGUCAACACAAGUGUGCAAUGUUAGGUGUGUGAAUGUUGUGUAAACAUUUGUAGUUUAUUUUGUGAAUGUAUUAACACUAAACCUAUUUUAUUGAUGUAAAAUACACAAUGGACGUUAUGCUUUUGUAAUGUUGAUAUUUUCAGUCUUACAAACCUAAUUGAAGGAAGAAGUGUAAAGAAAAACAACUACGGAUGGAAGAUAAUUCAAAAGAAGGAACAUCGAUCCUCGACAAAAACUGGAGCUUCUUUUUCUUCACGCUGUUAACUAGCUGCACACGCUGGAAAGGAGUAGCGAGGGCAGAAUAAUGAAUUAUUGACAGUGCAGUGUGAAAGCUGAUGUUUUUACUUUGCAAUGAAGUAAACACAGUCUCAAAGAACCUGCCGAGGCACUUUCUGACCAAACAUCCACAUUUGGAUGUUGAAACUGCCGCCCUCUUCAUUAGGUAGUUGAAUAGCCCUGGUCUAGUGAGAUCCUACCAUAGAGAGCCUAUACAGUACUGCCAUCUAACGUCUUGGAAGUGCAACUGCAUUACAAAGAGACUGAAAUUAAUAAGAAAAGAAGAUGUAACAACUGGACAGCACAGUUAUAGCAUAGUCAGCUCAUUUUUAAAUCUUACAUAAAAAUCCAUCCAUUUUCUACCGCUUAUUCCCUUCGUGGUCGCGGGGGGCGCUGGAGCCUAUCUCAGCUACAAUCGGGCGGAAGGCGGGCUACACCCUGGACAAGUCGCCAUAUUUUUUAUAAUGAAAUAAUAAUAAUUAGAUAAUUAAUUAUUAUUAUUAUUAUUAAUUAAUAAAAAAUAAUUAACAAUACUAAUGAUUAAUACAUUUAAUAAUUAUAUAAUUCAAAUAGUUAACAAUUAUUAAAAGACACAAAAGUACAGAAAUUUGGUGCCGUUGAGUACCGGUAUCGAUGACCAGUUACCGGGAAUUGUUCCCGUAUCGGUCCAAAGAACACCUCCAGGCAACUACAACCCUAAACUAACACCCUCCCUUCCACAUCAUACCUCUUCGGAUUGUAAAAAAUCAAAUGUAAAUAAUCAAAUGUAGACACUUUUUCUUAUGCUUUCUGAUCUCUCUCACUAUGUCCACUACUUGCUGUACAUAUCCUACCAAGUACUUACUUGCUGUACAUAUCCUACCAAGUACUUGCUGUACAUAUCCUACCAAGUACUUACUUGCUGUACAUAUCCUACCAAGUACUUACUUGCUGUACAUAUCCUA